CUUUGCUCGCUGGCGCUCUCAUCUCUGUCUGACCAGAAGGCAAUAGGCAGCAGCAGUCACUGGCUUUGUAAACACAACGUGCUGCGUUGCUUUGUUUCGGAACCACCACCAUUGUGGGUCUCUCUCUAGCCAUGCCAUGGAUAUUUUGUGGCAAUAUCAGUUCAGGAUCAUUUUGCUAGGAGACUCGACGGUAGGGAAAUCAUCUUUGCUGAAGCGGUUUACAGAUGGAAUUUACAGCGAUGUAGCGGAUCCAACGGUCGGUGUGGAUUUUUAUGCCCGUUCGCUAGACAUUGAGUCAGGGAUUAAAAUCAAGCUUCAACUGUGGGACACGGCUGGACAGGAACGAUUCAGGUCCAUCACUACUUCCUACUACCGUAACUCAGUGGGCGGGCUCCUCGUGUUCGACCUGACCAAUCGCAAGACCUUCGACCACGUGAGGGAGUGGCACAAGGAAGUGAGCGAGCACAUUCUGCCGCACCACAUGGUCUUCAUCCUGAUUGGCCACAAAAGCGACCUAAACAAGGACCGGAAGGUGACGCGGGACGAGGCUGAGCAGCUGGCGGCGGAGAUGGGGAUCCGCUAUGUGGAGACGUCGGCUAAGUGCAACAGCAAUGUGGACCGGGCCUUCGAGCUGCUCAGCAGGGACAUCUAUGAGCUGAUGAAGAUGGGGGAGAUCACCAUGAGGGACGGAUGGGACGGGGUGAAGAGCGGCCUCACCACCAGGGUCCUGUACCCGGGCGAAGAGGACAUUGAGGUGGAGCCAAGGGAGAAGAGCUGCAACUGCUGAGAGACUGACCCUCGAUCUCUGACCCCUGUCCUCAUCCAUGGUCAUAUUCAUUAGGCACCAAACGGAAGAAAACGGACUGAAACAGAGCGAGACUACCUGGAAUUGUCCAAUAAGAAACACACAUUUUUAUUUUCCGUUGUGAAACGUUUUAGAACGUGUUCCGAUGCGUGCCCUAAUAAACACGACUCAUGUCUCCACUUCCCCCUCUCUUAUCUCCACAAGUAUCUCACAUCGUCUCACAGUUUAAUCAGUUUCCCAUUGAAACUAAGCCACAGUCUAAAGUGAGGCCCUUGUCCUAUGACUUCAUCAUCACGCGUCCACGUGUCACCCUAUGCUUAGUGUAGAUAGGAUGCCAGUCCCCUCUGUAUCAGUUCCUACAGAGGUCAGGAUGGGGCUGUUUUCUGAUGGGAGUACAGGAUACACAUCCUGUAGUACACAUCUUGAUGUGACAAAAGCUUCUCUACAAACACAAAAGUCUGAGUCUUUAGGUCAAACUAAAGGUUUUACCCCUAGGUAAAUCCUUGCAGUGGAAAAGCAUCAUACAUGUACAUGCUAAACCUACACAGAUUAGCAUCACCUGGGUAGCUUUGGGCCCAGUUAGGUAAGGCAGACACAGAGGCUGCGUUUUCACAGGCUGCCCAAUUCUGAUCUUUUGCCCAAUUAUUGUUCAUUUGACCAAUGAGAAAAGGCCUUUUGCCAAUAAUUGGGCAAAAUAUCAGAAUUGGGCUGCAGGUGUAAACGCAGCCAGAGACACCUGUAUGAGAGCGAUCAGGCCUUGGGUUAUUCCAGUACGUAUCCUAUUCAUUCCUGGAUGCCCUUUGCUGCCGCAGGAGUUAUUGGACUCUCAAGCAGGCAAGUUCUGGACUUGUGGACAAUACAUUAUUGCGGUCUGGCAUCACUCCAAUGACGCUGUUGUGGGUUGGCUCCGGACUGGCUGUGUGUGUGUGUGUGCGUGUGUCGUUGCUCUGUCUGCAGUCCCCUGAGACUGUACAUCAUGUUCGGUAUGGUUAGCUCUGGCGUUAAAAGGUCACUGAUAAUAGGCAGGGAGAAUAAACUGUCACCACCACCACCCCUCCCCUGCUAAUCAAUAUGGUCCUGUAGACUACUAAUCUAUGUAAGUGCACACAAGCCAAAUCAUGUUCAUGUUGCAUUAUGUUGUGGACUUCCUACUUCAGAACAGAUGAGUAAUGUUUUUAACAUUUAAAAAAACAUAUCUAUCAUUUGUAGUACAUUGCUGAAGCCACAAACCAUUUGGUAGCCACUCUUUGCAUUUGUAUAUGGCAUAUGAAAAAACAAAACAAACCUUCCAAGAUGGGUCUUCAAGGGGGGAAAACCACCCCAAACAAUAUUCCUUUAACUGGAGAGAGGUAUUGGCUGAUACCGAUUCUUUAAGACUGCUCACAUGGAUUAAAUGUGGGGCUUUUGUGGCCAUAAUAACAAUUGAAGGGUUUAUUGGCAUUAUUAUAUUAUCUGGUUGAGAACAUGACAUUUCGGCCCUAAUGCCUUCCAUGCUCCAUCAGAAUGGUUCCUAUAUCAAGACAGCCAGAAUCUUGCCCUGCUCUGACUAUAGGCACUUUCUGCCUGCAGAGAGGCACAGGAAGAUAACUCUAGUUUCCCUUGGCUACUACCUCUAUACAGCAAACCCCAGUGCAGAUAACUGUUGCCCUGAGACUGAGACUUGGCUGUAGAUUCUGGUGUUACCAUAGGAGUGUACAGCCCUGGCUCAGGGCCUAGAUAACAGCUCACUUUGCCUGGUCCCUCCUACCUCCCUCCCUCCUUCCCCUCAGCUCACCUUGUCCACCUCUCACCAGCACCACACCUCACCAGACACUUCACACACUGUAGAUGACAGGAGAGACAUUGUGCAUUCAGCAACUGUGACUUUAUGGGAUAUUGUGUUCUAUGUUGGUUUUGUGUUCCAGUGGUCAUGCGACUUGACUUGUUGAAAGGAAUGUCUAACUAACUAAUCUUUUGGGAGCCUUUACAUACUGGUAAACAACUUACAAAGCCUCAGCAUACAAUUUCUUGACAACAAUAUGUGUUUGUCUACAUACAGUACUUAUGUUUUGCCUCUUGCUUUACAAAGUCUGAUGCAAACGUAGUUUAGUUGUUCCCUUUGUUCCCACUCUCAUCAAUGUUAACCCUGUUUAUAGUUAUGCCGUAGUCAGUUAUUCAGCUCUACUGACCAUUCACAGACUUUGAUUAAACCUCUGUUAUCACAGUUCAUAACCCAGUUACAACAUGUCUCAUUUCUUUAAAAGUGAAAUCAGUUGGCUAACCAAUAUGAAUGACAGUCAGAUGUCUGUAUUGAUCCAUAUUCUUGCUACGCUAAGGAAGGACACAUCCACAAAGAGAAGGCAAUACCGAGGCCCAGGGAGGGGAGACAUGCCCAUUAAAUGAACUAAAACAG